CCUUUAGAUGAGACCUGUGGAAUUUGGGAGCCAGUCUAGUUUUUCAUCAGGCAAUAGUGAAUACAUGCGCAAGUCUCCAUUUGGAUCAUUUGAUUUACAGAUAACAGAAGUUGGGAAAUGUUUUAUGUCACAUCCCAGCCAAAGUUUCUGGCAGCAAGUGUUAAGAAACCUUAAUGCUCACUCUAAUCCUCCAAUACUGAGGGAAGAAAGCAGGUGAGGAGUGCUGUCUGAAAGAUAUUUUUGCAGGGGCAAAAUGUACCUGGAGCCUAGAGGAGCAGUGGCUACUCCAGAUUUUUGUUUUAUUUUCCUGUGAAAACCUAGUGGGCGGAGGCAAGCGCCUAGAUGCACGAAGGGCACCACAGUCUUUUUUUUCCGUCCAGAGAACCGUCUGGGGUCUAUAAAUUUCCCCGCCCAACCCUCAGGUCUCGCCGCGCAUGCGCGGAACCACUGGGUCUAGUAGUUGUCGUCUGGGAAAUGGCGGCAGCGGGCUUGGUCGCUGUGGCUACAGCUGCAGAAUAUUCUGGCCCAGUAGCGUCGGGAGGUAACCUUUCCGGUGUUAACUGCGGCCCAAGCUCUGGGGCAGGACCUGGUCCUGGCCCAAGCUCGUGGAGCCGCUCCCUUGAGCGAGCGCUGGAGGAGGCAGCGGUAACCGGGGUGCUGAGCCUGAGCGGCCGGAAACUGAGGGAGUUUCCCCGGGGAGCCGCCAACCACGAUCUGACGGACACCACCCGGGCGGAUCUAUCACGAAAUCGCCUCUCAGAAAUUCCCAUAGAAGCAUGUCACUUUGUUUCUCUUGAGAAUCUCAACUUAUACCAAAAUUGUAUUCGGUAUAUACCAGAGGCAAUCCUAAAUCUACAGGCUCUGACAUUCUUAAAUAUUAGUCGGAACCAACUGUCAACACUGCCAGUACAUUUGUGUAAUUUACCAUUGAAAGUCUUAAUUGCUAGUAAUAACAAAUUGGUCUCACUUCCAGAAGAAAUUGGACAUCUCAGACAUUUAACAGAACUGGAUGUAAGCUGCAAUGAAAUUCAAACAAUACCUUCUCAAAUUGCUAAUUUGGAGGCCUUAAGAGACCUGAAUGUAAGAAGAAAUCACUUAGUACGUUUGCCUGAAGAGCUGGCAGAAUUGCCUUUAAUACGUUUAGACUUCUCCUGCAAUAAAAUUACAACAAUCCCCAUUUGUUAUCGGAACCUAAGGCACCUACAGAUGAUUGCCUUAGAUAACAAUCCAUUACAGUCUCCUCCUGCACAGAUAUGUAUAAAAGGCAAAAUCCACAUAUUUAAGUACCUGAACAUACAGGCUUGUAAGAUUGCUCCAGAUCUGCCAGAUUAUGAUAGGAGACCCUUGGGUUUUGGCUCCUGCCACGAAGAACUAUACUCAGGUCGCCCUUAUGGAGCUCUUGAUUCAGGCUUCAAUAGUGUUGACAGUGGUGAUAAGAGAUGGUCAGGGAAUGAACCUACAGAUGAAUUUUCAGAUUUACCUCUUCGAGUAGCAGAAAUUACUAAAGAACAAAGACUACGAAGAGAAAACCAGUAUCAAGAGAAUCUCAGCAGUUUAGUAGUAACAAAUGGUGGAGCAGAGCAUGAUCUGGACCAGAUUGACUACAUUGACAACUGUGCUGCAGAGGAUGAAGAGGAGGAGGCAAGACAGCCCAGGGGCCUGGACUCAGACAGCCUCAGUUCACAGUUCAUGGCGUACAUUGAACAACGGCGAAUCUCUCAUGAGGGUUCACCAGUAAAGCCAGUACCCAUGAGGGAGUUUCAAAAAACAGAAGACAUGAGAAGAUAUUUACAUCAAAACAGGGUUCCAGUUGAGCCAUCUCUCUUGUCAUUAUCACCAAGUCACAAUCAGCCGUCCCAUACAGACUUGGAACUUCAUCAUCGGAGGAGAGAACAAUUAGUAGAGCGAGCUCGGAGAGAGGCGCAGCUUGCUGCCUUACAGUAUGAAGAGGAGAAAAUAAGGACCAAGCAGAUUCAGAGAGAUGCUGUCCUGGACUUUGUGAAACAAAAAGCAUCACACAGUCCACAAAAACCACCCCCCUUCAAUGGCGAGUGUCCCUUCCCAUCCAGAAGGUCUCAACACACUGAUGAUAGUGCCUUGUUAGUGUCAAUGUCAGGGUUGAAUCAGGUGCGCUGUGCUGCUACCCUGACUCAUUCGUCUGCCUUCACACCUGUUAAGAAUGACGACAGAUCUAAUGCUGUAUCAAGUUCACCUACAACAGAAACAGUUCAUCAUUUUCCCGCAUAUUCUUUUCCUGCUGCUAUGCAGAGAAGCCACGCCCAGCGCCCGGAAAGCUUCCUUUUCCAAUCGGCUGUCAGAGCGGAAACAAAUAAAGGUCAUCCUUCACCCCUUGUUUCGUCUUCUGCAACUACUACUGAUUCUACAGAUCCCAUAACAAGACAGAAUUUAAGGCAGAGGGAAGAAGAAGAACUGGAAUCAAUAGAUCAACUACGGAAACAUAUUGAGUACCGGUUGAAAGUAUCUCUGCCUUGUGAUCUUGGAGCAGCUCUAACUGAUGGUGUUGUUCUUUGCCAUUUGGCCAAUCACGUUCGGCCUCGAUCUGUCCCGAGUAUUCAUGUUCCCUCACCAGCUGUACCUAAAUUAACAAUGGCAAAAUGCAGGCGAAAUGUGGAGAAUUUCCUAGAAGCCUGCAGAAAAAUUGGUGUACCUCAGGAGCAAUUAUGUUUGCCUCUCCACAUUUUAGAAGAGAAAGGUUUGAGCCAGGUUGCAGUGACGGUCCAGGCUCUCCUGGAACUUGCCCCACCCAAGCAGCAGCAGCAGCAGCAGCAGCAGCAACAGCAGCCGCCUGCUGUGUAAGGACUUCCAGCACGUUGGGCACUGGCGUGGCCAAAACGGAACAGGACAACGUGAUUGCUGCUGCCCGCCAUCUGGGUAAAGGGACUGUUUCCAUGAUUCCUAACAGGAAUAUUUUGCUUUAUUUCUCCAUUUUAGGGGAGGUUAUAUACAUUUCCAUUGAAUUGUUUUGAAGACAUGGUUUUCACAAAUAAAAGUUAGUCCUGUCAUUACUGAGAACCUACCCUACAUGGGCAGUGCUUUCCCAGAGAGUAGGCUUUUCCCCACAUACCAGAAAGAUCUCAGAAGGAUAUUUAGCUCUUCUGAAGGCACGGACAUGCUAUUCUGUUUACAUGUUUCCAAGACCUGUAGAGUCAACUGGUGUCUAAACUUGAUUGUUCGAUAGAAUGUCCUGGAGCAUUUGUUAAAAUACAGCUUCUCACUCAGUAGGGUCCAGUGUGAAGCCUGGUUGUCUGCAUUUUCCACAGACAUUCCAGGUAUUUCACAUAAUGGAGACAACUGUUCCCAACUAGAUGUUUGUAUGAUUUGGGGGAGUAACGACUCCACUGUUUUUCAGACAUAUUUAAAAUUAAAAACUAUAUUAUGACUACUUGGACAGUUCUGUCCAAGGCAAAACAAUAACAGAACUGGGGGUUUUUGAACAAAAAAUCUUUUGUCCAGGGUAAAACAAAAACAAUGUAGGUGGUCUAGAUUUUGCAUAAUGAAACAGUGAAACAAAUACAACUGUAUUAAGGCCAUUGUCCUAACCUCCCCACCCGCAACUCCAGCCUGUCACACUUAGAAGAGGGUUCCAAAUCCUCAGGCUAGUGAAAGGCACUGCUCAGCAUCAUGUGCAUGGACUUCAUUGAACCCCCACCCUUUCCUCCCCAUGCUGCUCCCAGGAUACCUGGACCUGUCAACACCUUCCAAUCAGAGCUGUGCACUUCCAGCUCCCUAACUAAUGGAAGAUUAUAAAAACAAAGCAAAAGUAAUAAAGGAAAAGCCAAGAAUCUUACAUUUCUUUCAGGUAACUGCCAGUUCCUGUGGCUGAAUUAAAGCACUUGUGGCAUUUUAAAAAUGGCUUGCUGUCUUUUCAUCUAGCUCCACCACUAGCGCAUUUACUCAAUUGUGGGUGGAAUAAAGGGGCCCAAGGUCUCCCACAAUGCAAAACACAAAGCCAGGAGCCUUUAUCUAAGCCAUGUGGGAAGACAAGAAGUUCAGGCCACUUGGGUCUUUCUUCCCUUGUAUUUUGAUCCCCUUUCAGUUGUCAGUGAUGUGUUUUGGUACUCACUGCCUUUAUAAACGAAGUAAGUAGAGUUAGUGAAGAUGCUAGUUAUCUAGGCUUUUUCCUGUUAACUUUUCUGGGUUUCCUUUACCAACGCAUGCAUUUGAGCAUAAUGUUCUUGCUCUUUUUAUCAUGUAAAUGUAGCAUCUAAAAGUAACUUUGGAUAAAAGUUGAGUCUCUGAUUACAAUAAUAUUCUCCCCUUGUUCUCACAAGGAAACAAGUUCAUCACAACAUUACCACUUGUCCACAUUUAAAAUUAUGUAACACAAAACAUCUGCACUCAGAGCCCAAUGUUUCAGGGUCCUCACAGAAAAGAAGUAAAAUGUCUUUUAAGGGCUUGGAGUCAGACCCAUUGCAUUUACAGUUCCAAACACACCCACUAAUCAUAGACUUGUUUAGAAUUUACUGUGUGUAUUUUUAAACUAUAGGUAUUUUUCCUUCUAGUCAGCAUUAAACUUCAGUACAGUCUCCAAAUUAUAGAGAGCUAUUUGAAUGGAACUGAGCAAAGGACAGGACUCUGUCACCUAGAAUGCAAGGAAUAAUCCCAGAAGACAUACAUAAUGCAACAUUCAGAACAUCUGCAACUAAUUUUCCUCAAGGAGUAAAUGGAAAUUUCAACUUAUUUCACAUUUUACAUAUAGCAUGAGACUUUAUUAAUGAAUUUUUAUCAGACUAAUUCAUAUUUAUAUUUGAAUUGCUAGAAAAAAAUUGUGUGCAGUUUUGGUUGAUAAUAAAAGGAAAAUAUUGAAUAUAUUGAAUUUGUUAAGAUACAAAAACAUGAUGGUUUUGUUGGAAAUUUUUUUGUAUUCAAUGUUUGUACCUUUGUUUUCGUUGUUUCGAUUUUUUUUAAACUUUAUUGAGGUAUAAUUUACAUGUCAACAAAAAUCAGUUGCCUUUAGUAAUGUGCAAUUUUUUAAGUUGUACCUUUGUUUAACUGAAAAGAAGGUUUAACAUUUAGCCUUGCUAGACUCCAUGUAAGAUGCAGGUGACUUGGUAACAGCUCCACCUAACAUUUAUGGAAGAGCUUCCUGCUGAAGCGGCAGCCUCCCCAGUGCUGAGUGUGAAGGAAGACAAGGCUGUGUGCUCACCCGCCAGGGCCCCUGCCUGCCAGCUGCAGAGAUAGGUAGUCAGUCAGCAGGUUUCUGGGCUUUCAAACACAUUCCACUCCAAACCAUGUUUCUCUGGAAACAACUCAUGGGAGGAGGGGCCUUUGUAUUUGGCUAGAACAGAAUAGGAGGCUCCUUAGUAGGUCACUUUCUUUCAUAGCUUUUUGAAAUACAGCCUUAGGCCUAAUCAAGGAAUCUGAUUUCUCUUACUUGAUCAGCAGUGACUAAUAGUGUAUGACUAUGCUGACGAGUAUGAUGAAUUUUUAAAACCCAAGCACUUAAAUGGUUAUAGAAAUGAAGGAAAACAUGGAUAUUUCAGGCCUUGUUAUAUACACAUUGCAGUGAAAUGGUUUAUAGCGGAUUCAUUUUCUGAAAAUGUAAACAUGUAAUUAGUAACUGAUUUGUGAAACAUCCUAUGUUUGUAUGUAAAUAUGAUACAUAAGUUGUAUGUAUAAAUGUCAAUAUCAUGUAUGUUAUUUUAAAUUGCGUUUUUGCCACCUUACACUUGACAUUAAGAUAAAAGCCAACACUUCAAUAGCAUGAAAUAAAGCCUGGUUUGAAAAUGUUCA